UUUCUGACCAAUCAGAGAGCUGCUGAGAGCCUGGCUGGGCGUGGCUUACCGUGGCUAGUCGUCAACACUUUAUUCCGGAUUUAACUUCACGAUCUGUAUAAAAGUGUGAAACCAGUAGAACCAGGUCUCAGCUGUCGUCUGAUGGGCUCAUGAGAACAUCGGAGAGAGAAGAGUCAGUUCCCGAAGCAUCAUGGCCGCUGUUGAGGAGCAGCCUGAGAAACACUGCUGGGUGUGUUUUGCCACAGAGCGGGACGACCACAGCGCGGAGUGGGUGAGUCCCUGCCGGUGUAAAGGCUGCACCAAAUGGAUCCAUCAGUCGUGUCUGCAGCGCUGGCUGGACGAGAAGCAGAAAGGCAACAGUGGGGGGGCAGUGAGCUGUCCGCAGUGUGGCACCGAAUACCACGUCGUCUUCCCCAAGAUGGGCCCCUUAGUGUACUUCCUGCAGCAGGUGGACCGGGCUCUGUCUCGAGUCAGUCCCUUCGCAGCUGUCGGGGUGGUGGUGGGGACGGUGUACUGGUCAGCCGUCACAUACGGAGCUGUGACCGUCAUGCAGGUUGUGGGUCAUAAGAAGGGUCUGUAUGUGAUGGAGCGAGCCGACCCGCUCUUCCUGCUGAUGGGUCUGCCCACCAUCCCUGUGGUGCUGGUCCUGGGAAAGAUGAUCCGCUGGGAGGAUUACUUAAUUCGGCUGUGGCACAAACGCAACCUGCCUCCAGGUAGCUACCGCUAUCUGCCUCGUCUUCCUGCCGACGGCCCCGGGGCCGGGGACCACCUCUCCGUGUCCAGGACUCUGUGUGGAGCGCUCAUCUUUCCCUCCAUCGCCAGUCUGGUCGGGAGGAUUCUGUUUCGACGGGUUUCAUCGAAUUUGCAACGAACGAUGCUGGGGGGCCUGGUGUUCGUGCUGAUCAAAGGAGUUCUGAAGGUGUAUUUCAAACAGCAGCAGUACAUCGUCCAGGCCAACAGGAACAUCCUCAACUACCCUGAGAGAAACAGAAAUGGACAGAACGAAGGUGGCGAGGUGGACGCCGAGGACACAGAGGACACCGAGGACACAGAGGAGAGUGGAAACGAGUAGCGGGAGCUGGAGUCGAUGUCAGAGAGGAUUUUAUAAAAAAAACAAAUGUAUUUUUAUCGUGAUACAAAAAGCAGAACUCAGGAGACUGGUUUUGGCACCAGUGGCAGUUGGGAUCUCAUAAUUCAUGGACACCAGUAUAAAGUCUGACAUUUUCCAAAUCUAAAACCAGUUUAUGGAUCAUUUAAAAAAGUUGAGAAAUUGCCUCCUCACUUUUUCAAGAUGUUUGAAUCUUAGUUUGGCUCUAAAGUCCUGAAUGUUGAAACAUGUUGGUGGUUCUGUUGGCAACCAAUCAGUUUAGCCUCAGUGCCUGUUAUUAUGAUAUGAAUCAGUUCUGCCUGACAGAAACGUUUUUUGAGAUCAUACAAUGUCGAGCUGCUGAAUCAGAGGUGUUGCUAGAAUGGAGGUUCGGGUGUUAUAGGGAUACAGGUGUAGAGUUUCAUAGUUUUAUGCACAGGUUAUUCAGGGUGUGGUUAUUUAUUGGUCUCAUGUUGCUCUUCCUCCUGACGCACAGUUAAAGUAGAGUUCAGAAAACACAGGAGAUUUAAAACACUGAUUAAAUCAUAUUAAUAUGUAAGACUUUUUGACUCCUGCGGUGAAGGUAAAUAAAGCAGAUCUUGGACCAGAAGGUUGAAAAAGAUUUGAUCUUUUUUGCUUUUGCAAAAUGAAAAUUACUUCAAAGCUGAAUGCAGGAGUGUGUUAAACUGAGCUCAUAUUUCAUAUCUUGGAGAAUAAUUUGUCUAAUAAAUAUCUCUGAUUAACCAAC